GGUGUAUGAUGAUAUGAUCGGUUGGUCUGGCAUGGUAACAUUUGGAUACAGCUCAUAAAUGUGAAGUCUUGACUUCUUCAAACAAACACAACAGCGGAGUUCAAGACAUGAAAACUAGUACAGUUUCCUAACUAGCCAGGUGUGCUCUAGAUCUCACUUUCUCACAGAGAGAGACAGAGAGAGACAGAGAUGUCAAGGCGAUCUGAUUCUGGGGCAUGCUUGAGGUUUUGUUUGGUCGUAUUUGCAAUCGUAUCAGCUCUGGGAGUGUGUGGGCCGGCUCUGUAUUGGAGGUUCAAAAAGAGUUUACGGCUUGGGGGUACCGUAGCCUCUUGUCCUCCUUGCAUCUGUGAUUGCCCCCCUCCUCUGUCCCUUCUCAAGAUUGCUCCUGGGCUAGCUAAUCUCUCCAUUGCAGACUGUGGAAGUAAUGACCCAGAUCUCAAGCGAGAGAUGGAGAAGCAGUUUGUUGACCUUCUGACAGAGGAGUUGAGGCUGCAAGAGUCUGUUGUGCAGGAACGUGCUCGCCAUAUGAACAUAACCUUUGCUGAAGCUAAAAGGGUGGCUUCCCAGUACCAGAAGGAGGCAGAAAAAUGCAAUGCUGCUACUGAAACCUGUGAGGAGUCCAGAGAGCGGGCUGAGGCAUUACUGAUAAAGGAAAGAAAGUUCACUUCAUUGUGGGAGCGACGUGCCCGUCAAAUGGGUUGGGAAGGGGAGUAACUGUAAUCUAUAGAAUUUGAUAUAUUUGAUACAAGUUUUUCAGACCACCGGCGGUGAAUUUUUUCACCCGUGGUAUUUAUAAAAGCACGCAAGCAAGGUGCUUUGAGUUGUCACCUUGUCGAAGCAGAAA